GUCGUUUGCUCUGAUCGCCCCAAGCGCACACGCAUCUCGUCGCUGCUGCUGCUGCUGCUGUUGUUGCUGCUGCUACGCCUCAGUCGAAGUACUCUUGAACCGCCAGGCCUGAAGCCGAGGCACGUGACCGACUCCCAAGAGCCCGUCCACGGCUCGACUCUCCAAUUGACAGAUCGACGUUCAACACAAAAAGCGUCAAAAGGAGCUUUUUGCAACACCAACAACCUCCUGCACAACCACUACCGCACAGUCCACGGCAACCACCUCGCCCCCGUCCCCCUUCCUCGCAUAGCGACCGGCAUAGAUCUCUCGCUCGAUUGCGUCUCUUGCUUCGGCCGACAGGCGUCCACAUUUCUCACCGACUCUUCCCUUCGCCCCCCAACCAACCACACGACUCUAACGACCGUCUACGACCGCGACACAACAUCGCAAACAUGGGUCUCACGUUCUCGAAGCUAUUCGACAGACUAUGGGGCAAGAAGGAGAUGCGCAUCUUGAUGGUUGGCUUGGACGCCGCCGGAAAGACGACCAUCCUGUACAAGCUCAAGCUGGGUGAAAUUGUCACCACCAUCCCCACGAUCGGCUUCAACGUCGAAACUGUCGAGUACAAGAACAUCCAAUUCACCGUCUGGGACGUCGGUGGACAGGACAAGAUCCGACCUCUGUGGAGGCAUUACUUCCAAAACACCCAGGGUAUCAUCUUCGUCGUCGACAGCAACGAUCGCGACCGUAUCGUCGAGGCCCGCGAGGAGCUGCAGCGCAUGCUGAACGAGGAUGAGCUUCGUGACGCUCUUCUUCUGGUCUUUGCUAACAAGCAGGAUCUGCCGAAUGCCAUGAACGCCGCCGAAGUCACCGAUAAGCUUGGUCUCCACUCGCUCCGACAACGUGCCUGGUACAUCCAAUCCACUUGCGCUACCACUGGUGACGGUCUCUACGAAGGUCUUGAGUGGCUCGCGAACGCCCUCAAGAAGGCCGGCCAUUCGUAAAUGCGUCAACGAAGUGUCCCACCCUUUUUUACGACGACCGCCCCUCCGUCCCAAUCCACCAUAUCCUCCAAUUUGAAACUCCCAAUUAGAACCGUCCUUCCGAAAUGACUCGCAAAGAGUACCUUAUCCAUUAAAACCGCCAUGACAAUGCCUCCAACGGGUUUGCGAAAGCUUUGUGCAAAGAUUUAAGCGGGCACAGGGAGGUGCAAAGUGUGUGUUUUGUGGGUGUCGCUUUUUGAAACAUACAUUUUGAAAGGGCUUACAAACACCGGCGUUGGACUUUUGUCUGCUUAGCCAUUUGAACUCUGAAAUGCUACUCAUUGGUUGACUUUG